AUGACACUAAAGCUCGACGCCGCUGGUGUUCUGGGUCCGGACGGCAAAUCCUACAGCUUUGACCACCGCGCAAACGGGUACGCGCGCGGUGAAGGGUUCGGAGCCCUUGUUUUAAAGCGGGUAUCCGAUGCUAUUCGGGAUGGAGACGUGAUCCGUGCCGUCAUCCGGAACUCGUCCACGAACCAAGACGGGAGAUCGCCCGGCAUCACGCAGCCGACCAAGGCCGGCCAGGUCGCGCUCAUCAGACACGUUUACUCUAGGGCUGGGCUGGACCCAUCCCUCACUCGCUUUGCCGAAGCCCAUGGCACUGGCACGCCGGUGGGCGAUCCCAUCGAAGCGAGCGCACUGGCCGAGAUCUUCGCGGCCCACCGGACGCCGGCCGAUCCGUUGUACGUGGGAGCCUUGAAGAGUAAUGUUGGACACUUGGAGGGCGCUGCUGGAGUUGCUGCCGUCAUCAAGGGCAUCUUGACGCUGGAAAGCGGCAUCAUCCCCGGCAACAUCUGGCAUGAGAAGCGGAACCCCCAAAUCCUGGACUCGUGGAACCUCAAGUUCCCGACCGAGCCGACAGAAUGGCCACAGCGUGGUCUGCGUCGGAUGUCCAUCAACUCAUUCGGUGUUGGUGGAAGCAACGCCCACGUGGUUAUGGAUGAUGCGCUGCACUUCUUAAAGCGGCACCGUCUGGUCGGUAACCACCGAACAGAGGCCGUCCCGAGGAUUCCCGCCAGGUUCAGACCAGUUAAUGGGGUCAAGGUGAAUGGUAUCAACGGUAUUAAUGGCACACACCGUGCCCAUGGUCGCCACCGUCAGGACAGUGGCGUGAACAUGGGUGAUGUCGAGGCCGAGUCGAACGAUGUUUCUCCACGGAUUUUUGUCUUCUCCGCAAACGACCCCGAUGCCGUUUCAAGAUUCAAGACUUUAUACAAGGAUCAUCUCGCAUCACAAGACACCGACGAGACGGCUUCUCUGCGGUACAUCCGGGACCUGAGCUACACGCUCGCGUCUCGCAGGACUCAACAUGCUUGGAGAUCUUUCAGCAUUGCGAGCUCCUCACACCAGCUCCAGAAAACUCUCGAAGAUACUUCGAAGCCCACCAGAGCCAAGUCACAGCCCAGGUUAGGCUUCGUCUUCACUGGUCAAGGUGCGCAAUGGGCAGCCAUGGGCAUGGACCUCAUGGUCUACCGGGCUUUCCAAGAGAGUCUUCUUGCGGCGGACAGAUAUCUCAGCGAUCUUGGCUGCAACUGGUCUUUGACAUUCGAGCUCUCCAAGACGAAGACAUCCUCUCGAAUCGAUGACCCCGAGUUCUGCCAACCCAUCUGCACCGCCCUCCAAGUCGCCAUGGUUGAUCUCCUUGCCUCAUGGAGCAUCUACCCCCACGCCAUCACCGGUCACUCUUCAGGAGAAGUUGCCGCUGCAUAUGCCGCUGGUGCACUUUCCAGAGAAGCAGCCUGGAAGGUCGCCUACCACCGUGGAAGACUGAGCGCCAAAUUGAUGCGUGCGGAGUCCCGUCCCAAGACCAGCAUGGCUGCCAUCGGCCUCGACACCGCCAAGACCGAAGCUGCCAUCGAUCGCGUUAACCAGCUCGGCGGCGAAGGCACUCUUCAGAUUGCCUGCAUGAACAGCGCUGACAGCCAUACCGUCAGUGGUGAUGCUGGAAAGAUCGAAGCGCUUGUCGAGAUGCUCAGCGCCGAGAAGGUGUUUGCCAGGAAACUCAACGUCGAAAUCGCUUAUCACUCCCAGUACAUGAAGCCCAUGGCCGACGAGUACUUGCAAGCAAUGGGCGAGCUUGAGAAGGGCACCUUCAGAGGCUCUGUUGAGCCUCGGAUUUACUCCUCAACCGUAGGAGCGCCCAUUGAGGCCUCCCAGCUUCGACAGCCCGCAUACUGGGUCAAGAACUUGGUAUCGCCGGUCAGGUUCACCGAGUCAGUCACCGAGCUGCUCAAGGGUUCCUCUGUACCCAAGACCAACGGUCACGUGAAUGGCUUGGUCAACAGUGCUAACGGUGUUAACGGUACACACUUGACUAAUGGAGUCAACGGCGUCAACGGAGACGUUGAUGAGGAGGCUGCUUUGGAACCCAUCACCGACUUCCUGGAGAUCGGUCCUCACAGCGCACUCAAGGGACCGCUCAUCAGCACUACCAAGCAGGUCCGCGGUGGCGUCUCUGUUGACUACCACUCCCUGCUCAGGCGUCAGAAGUCCGCUGUUGAGACAACCCUGGAGACUGUUGGAUCUUUGUUCUGCCAAGGCUACAAGAUCGACCUCGCCCAAGUCAACGAUGCGGACGAGCCCUACGGACCGAAGCCGCUUAUGCUGACGAACCUUCCCGCCUACCCGUUCGACCACUCUAAGGAGUACUGGGUUGAGAGCACCCUCAGCGACAACUUCCGGCUCCGACAGUUCGGCCGCCAUGAGCUUCUCGGCGCGCCGGUGCCCGGCUUGAACGAGAACAACGCUGCCUGGCGCAACUACAUCCGCCUCACAGAGAACCCCUGGAUCGAAGAUCACAAAGUCUCGGGUGAUAUUUUGUAUCCUGCGGCUGGCAUGCUCGUCAUGGCUAUCGAAGCCAGCAGACAGGUUGCGGACAAGACUAAGGUCCUUAAGGGCUUCCGUUUCAAAGAUGUCUCCUUCAAGCUAGCAUUGCGGGUUCCUGAUGAUGCCCGUGGUGUUGAGUCGCAGUUCUUCCUCCGACCCCAUCGCGAGACAAGCUUGUCGUCUGCUUCGACAUGGUCUGAAUUCCAACUCUGGACCCUCCAAGACGGCUCAUGGAGAGAGCAUUGCCAUGGUUUCGUGCAGACUGAGUACGAUACCGAUGGAUCCCAAGAUGAUGUUUCAAGUCUCGAGGGCCAAUUGAAGGACAUUCAGGGCCGCUGCAGCACUGAGAUCACCGUUGACAAGCUCUACCACAACUUUCAACAGGUUGGGCUCGACUUCGGUACUACUUUCCAGACUCUGAGCGACAUUCGGCUGGGAAACAAUCUGAACGUUAUUGCGACAAUCGAGAACUCUGGGGACAGGAUCCAGCAGUCUAUGCCCAAGCAAUACGUUCAACCUCACAUGGUGCACCCCGCAACCUUGGAUGCCAUUGUCCACGCCAACUUGGCCCCUCUGGUCUCCAACACCAAGUACUCCAAGGCCACUCGAGUACCAACGUACUUGGCCGACGGUUGGAUCUCUGCGCAGCCAGAUGUUCUGCAUGACUCUUACAAGGUGUCCGCCGAGUCUCGCUUCCACGGGCGCAACGAGGUUAUUUCUGAGGCGAUCGCCUCGCAUCUUGACGAGAACCAGCUAAUGGUGCACAUGUCAGGCCUUGUCUUCAGAACCAUCAGUGAAGCAUCUGAGGAGACGUCAGAUGCUUCGGUGCACCCAGCUUUCAAUCUCGAGUGGAAACCGGAUCCGUCAUUCCUCUCCAAGGAGCAGGCUUCCAAGGUGUUCGGACUGCCCAUGACCCAGAAGGAUGACCCGUCCCAGUGGAUGCAAGACUGCGAAGCCCUUUGCCUGGCGUACAUCCGCCGUUGCAUGAGCACUGUGUCCCAGGAAAGCCUUUCCAAGAUGACUUGGUACCAUCAACGAUACGUCAAGUGGUUCCAACAUGUUGUCAGCCAGAACUCGGACCAGCCCACCCAGGAUAUUGCUGAUCUUGAGUGGAGUGUCACUCAAGGGGGUGCUUCCGAAGGCAAACUGAUCAUCGCCGUUGGUCGUGCGCUCUCGGACAUCCUCAAUGGACAACGCGACCCCCUCGACGUCAUCUUCAAGGACAAGCUCGCCGAGGACGUCUACCGCGAUGGUCUUGGCUCCAAGCGAUGCUACGAGCAGCUGCAAAACUACGUCGAUGCCCUUGCCCACAAGAGCCCGUCCAUGGAGAUUCUCGAGAUUGGCGCCGGAACUGGUGGCGCCACUCGCCCGACCAUGAAGACGCUCACGGACAACGGCCGUCGAUACAAGUCUUACUGCUUUACUGAUAUCUCCCCUUCGUUCUUUGAGCAAGCCAAGGAAACUUUCAAGAACGAGGUGGGACGUAUGAGCUUCCGCGUUCUGAAUGUUGAGAACGACCCCUUGGGCCAGGACUUCGAAGCUGGCAAAUACGACCUGAUCAUUGCCGCUAACGUUUUGCACGCCACUAAGAAGAUCGACGACACCCUGUCCAAUGCCAGGAAGCUGCUCAAGCCUGGCGGCAAGCUUCUUCUCUUCGAAAUCACCAACACUGCUGUGCUCUUGAGCAGUUUCUGCUUCGGCGUGCUGCAUGGUUGGUGGCUUUCAGAGGACAAGGACCGAAUCUGGGGACCCUUGAUGUCUGCCCCAUCUUGGGACCAUCAUCUACGCAAGUCAGGCUUCGGUGGCCUCGAUGCCGUGUUGGACGACUUCUCUGGCUCGUACCACCGGAUGAGUUCCAUUCUCGUCUCAACUGUUCCCAAGACGGAGGAGAAGACUGCCUCGAUUCUCCCAGAGUACAUCUUGACCACUGGACAGCCCUCCCAGCUGAAGAUUGCCGAAGGCCUCAAGCAGCAGCUCGGAUCUUCGGAGGUCGUGGAUCUCUCAGCUGCCACAGAGAAGGACAUGACUGGCGCCAGCUGCGUUGUUCUCGCCGAGUUCGACAGCCCUAUCCUCAACAACAUCACGGAAGACGUCUUUGGCGGGAUCAAGCGUGUGCUUACUCAGUGCAAGAACAUCGUAUGGCUUACUCGCGGCACUACAGACCCCAACGCCGACCUUGUGACCGGCCUCGCAAGAGUAAUUCGGUCGGAGAGACCCGACGUCAAGUUCCUGACGCUCUCUUUUGAGCAGGCCGCCAGUGAAUCACUCGUCAUUGAGAGGACCGCUCAAGUUCUUCAUGCCGCUCAGUCCGGGUCUGAGAAUGCCUUUAGGGUGGCCAGUGAUGUUGUCAAUGUGUCUCGCCUGGUAAAGGCACAGUACCUCACUGAGCACAUCCAGAACCAGACUGGCAGCUUGGAUGUUGUCAUAAAGCCUCUCGACGGGGAGUCGUCUCGCUACUUAAGUCUUCACCCGGGUACCAUUGGCAAAGUCGACUCGCUCAGAUUCGAAGAUGACGCUCUCUUCGAUUCUCCCUUGGCAGACAACGAGGUCGAGAUCAAGACCAUGGCCUGCGGUCUCACCAUUCAAGACCUGUCGUCGGCACUCGGCAAAACCGAUGAAGCCCCGCUGGGUUGCGAAGCUGCUGGUGUUGUUACCAGAGUUGGUUCGAUUUCCAAGUUCCUAGUUGGUGACCGCGUCUUCGGUCUGUCCAAGUCUGGCGCCAUCAAGACGCAUAUCAGAUCCACGGACGGCCUCCUCGCCAGGUUGCCAGACGACUUGACAUGGUCUCAAGGUGCCUCUCUUCCCGUCGCUUACACAACAGCCUACGCAACUCUCCACGAACUGGGCACUGUUCGCAUGGGUGAGACUGUCCUGGUCCACGAGGGGGCGUCUCACCUGGGCACGGCGGUCAUUCAGCUCGCUCAGAUGCGUGGCGCUGACGUCUUCGCAACUGUCAAGAACGCCACAGAGCGCGGACUCUUGGAGAAGGUCUGCGGUCUUUCCCAAGACCGCGUCUUCGGGGCUCGCGACAGGUCCAUCAAGAAGGCCCUCCAGACUUCGACUCAAGGCCGUGGCGUCAACAUCCUCGUCAACACCGCCGACAACACCGAGUUCCUUGACGCGGUCAUGGAAUGCGUUGCUCCCUUCGGACGCAUUGCCAACGUCGGUGGACAAGAUGGUGACUCAAGCGCUCGCUUGCCACGAGGCCGCAACAUUCGCUUCGAGUCCUUCGACCUUGCCUCAUGCACUGCUCAUGACCCGAUUCGUACCGAGAGCAUGUUCCAGCGCAUGACUGAGAUGGUCUUGGCUGAGUGGGACACCAUCAGCAAGGCUCCUUCACUGGCCACCUACCCCUUCUCCAAGAUCCACGAUGCUUUCCGCCAUUUGCAAACUGAUGGUACUAGUUCCAAGCUUGUCUUGGAGCCCCGUGACGAUGACCAGGUUCCCAUCCUGCCGACUCGCAAGUUCGUAAGCCGUUUUGACCCUGAGGCUUCUUAUGUCAUUGCUGGUGGUCUCGGUGGACUGGGAAGGUCGGUUGCGCGAUGGAUGGCAUCUCGAGGUGCCAAGAACCUCAUCCUACUUUCUCGACGUGGUGCUGUCGAGGAAUCUGCCAAGGAGCUUGUCAAGGAGCUUGAGGGCGUCUGCAACAAGGUCAUCACCCCCGCAUGUGAUGUGACCGAUGCGGACGCUCUCAAGAAUCUCAUUACCGAGCUAUCAUCUUCCAUGCCUCCCAUAAAGGGCUGCAUUCAAGGCUCCAUGGUUCUCAAGGACAAUAUGUUCGAGAACAUGUCGCUCGACCACUGGAAGGCAGCCGUUUGGCCAAAGGUCCAGGCGUCCCAGAACCUGUACCAAGUUCUCGGAGACAAGACCGACUUCUUCGUCUUACUCUCGUCGACUGUUGGCAUCACAGGUAGCCCCGAGCAGGCCAACUACGCUGCGGGUGGCACUUUCCAAGACGCUUUCGCUCGCCACCUCGCGUCCAAGGGCGUCAACGCCGUCUCAAUUGACCUUCCCAUCAUCCAGGGUGUUGGCUACGUCGCCGAGAAGCCGGAGCUCUUCGAGUACCUUCGCGCUUCUGGUUGGACCUACAUCAACGAGGCGGAGCUCCGGGCCGUGCUCGACUACCACUGCCGUCCUGCCAGUGCCCCCGUGCAAGCGUCAAAGGCCCAGGUCAUUCCUCGCCUCUGGCUGCCCCAAGAAACCGCCGCCCAGGGCUACCAGACGCAAUCGUGGGGAGAAGAUCCCCUUUUCAGCCAUCUCGAGCUUGGUCAGACAGAUGCCGAUGCAGCCGGCGCGACUGAGGCCAACAAGACCAUUAACCACAAGGCACUGCUCACCGGUGCCGCAUCAUGGGAGGAUGCCGAGAAGAUUGUGCUGGAAGCUUUGCUCCUCAAGGUUUCGAGAAUGCUCAGCAUCGAGGUGGAAAACCUUGACAUUGGCAAGCCUCUCCAUGCAUACGGAAUCGACUCCCUCACGGCCGUUGAGCUGCGGUCUUGGCUCAUGAAGGAGCUUGGUGCAGAGGUUUCGCUGUUCGAUAUCACCAACAACUCUAGUCUUUCCCAGCUGGCCGGAACUGCUACCAAGAAGAGCACUCUGAGACCAAAGUUUGGGUAG